AUGCCGACAGUUGAGAACUGCAGAAACAGUCUCAGACCGGUUUCAAACCACGGAAGAUCUGCGCUCAUCUUCAACCAGGCCUACCAAAGCGUCCAACGCUCAUUUGCAGCCGGAACCACCAAAAACAAAGAAUGGAGACGUCGUCAACUCAAACGUGCUUGGUGGAUGGUCGAGGACAAUAAACAGCGCAUCGCAGAUGCCCUAUACGCCGACCUGCACAAGCACUACCAAGAAGCUUACUGUGGCGAUUGUAAGGGUGUCCAGGGAGAUAUUCUCCGCACCUUGGAGAAAUUCGACGAAUGGACCAAAGAUGAAAGACCCUCGAGAUCCGACCCGCUCAACUUCCUGGGACGCACAACGGUGCGCAAAGAACCCCUUGGUGUGACUCUCAUCAUCGGUGCAUGGAACUUCCCUAUCAGCCUCAGCUUACAGCCAAUGGUUGCUGCCAUUGCGGCCGGUUGUGCCGUGAUCCUCAAGCCCUCGGACAUGGCUAGUGCCUGUCAAGAUUUACUAAUGGAGAUUAUUCCCAAGUACAUGGACAACGAUGCGAUCCGGUGUGUUUCCGCAGGGCCCCGGGAAAUGGGAUACAUCCUGGAGCAUCGCUUUGAUCACAUUUUCUAUACCGGUUCCCCAAAUGUUGCAAAGAUCAUCCAUGCAGCAGCAGCGAAACAUUUGACUCCUGUAACUCUUGAACUGGGUGGCCAAUGUCCAGCCAUCGUUGCCAAGUCGGCAGAUCCAGAUCUUACGGCCAAGCACAUCGCGGUCACUAAAUUCAUGAACGCGGGACAGGUCUGCUUGAAUGUGAAUCACGUUCUCGUCCACCCUGUCCUACGAGACCGCCUGGUGGCCGAGUUGAGCCGACACUUCGACAUCUUCCUCGGUGGCAAAGACAACAAACCAGAAUACUACACACACAUAAUCAACGAUCGGAAUUUCGACCGUCUCGAAAACCUGCUCCAGAAGACAUCCGGCAAAAUUGUGUAUGGCGGCCAGCGCGACCGCACAAGUCGGUACUUUGCCCCGACUAUCGUGACAGGAGUCAAGCCCGGCGAUUCACUUCUAUCGGAAGAGAUUUUCGGCCCCAUCCUCCCCAUCAUCGACGCAGACUUCGACACAGCUAUUUCCUUCACACGCAGCGGGGAGCACCCACUCGCCAUCUACGCCUUCACAGCCCAAGAAGCAGACAAGUCUCGCAUCCUGAACGAAACCCAAUCCGGUGGCGUGACUUUCAACGACUGCGCUCUCCAUGUCGCCGGUCGAGACGUUCCUUUCGGCGGUGUUGGGAAUUCAGGCCAAGGUCGUUAUCACGGCCCCCAUGGUAUUCUGACUUUUUCGCAUCUCCGUACCCAUACCAAUGCUCUGCCUUCGUGGGUGGAAUCUCUGAUUGCGGCGCGAUACCCUCCUUACUCAGUGGAUAAGGCUCACAAGAUGAGUCCGCCUGUUACGCCACCAUUUGAUCGGGAUGGUAAUGAUACUACUGGUCGUUCUAAGUGGACUUUUGGAUUGGGAUUACUUGCAUUAUCUGGAUUGAUUGUGGCUCGGCAGGAUCAGAUUGUUGCCCUUGGUUUGAAGUUGCUUAAUUAG